UGUCGGUGCAAGAAAUGAAAAAAAUGUAAACAUUUUGCAAAGAUAUACUUUUGCAUUUGAGUCAUAGCAUUUAUUAGGAGAAAAGUAAACAACAACAUAAGAUAAACACAAUUAUGCCCGUUACCAUCAUGAGAGCACGUGAAAUAUUUCAAAUAUAUCAAAGGCUUCUGAACAGAAGACCUUAUUUAGUACAAGCUGUUCAAACAGGAACAUUAAUGGGAGCUGGAGAUCUUAUAUCACAGACUUUUAUUGAAAAGAAAUUAUUCAGAGAUGUUGAUUAUGGUAGGACUAUAAAAUUUUCUUCCAUAGGCUUCUGUUUUGGAGGCCCUGCGCUAAGGGUAUGGUAUGGAUUGUUAAAUAGACAUGUUGGAUCUAGUGGUAAAACUGUUGCACUCAAAAAAGUUUUUAUAGACCAAGCCGUAUUUGCUCCAACCUUCCUUUUCUUGUUGUUAGUUGGAUUAGGUGCAUUACAAGGAAAGUCAUGGGAUUUAAUAGAGGAAGAUAUUAACACCAAUUAUGUUGAUAUCCUUAAAACUAAUUAUUAUGUUUGGCCUUGGGUUCAGAUAGUUAAUUUUUAUUAUGUACCACUACAGUAUCAAGUGCUACUUGUACAAGGUAUUGCUUUAUUCUGGAAUACAUAUUUGUCUUAUAAGACAAAUCGAACAAAACUGUCACAAUAAACAUUUGUUAAUUAUACAGAUUCUUAGUAAUCCGUAUUAUAAAGAAGAAUGAUGAUAAUAACUCUAUUAUUGAUGAUAUAUCUCAAUAUCAAACAGUAUUUUAUUAUAUACCUGUUGCUGCAUGCCAUUUUAUGAAAUUGUUGUAUUUUAUAUAAUAUUAAGUAAUAGCAUAGUAAUAAUUUACAAAUAACCAA